AUGAACGGCGCUACCCCCCCUUUCGGCCAGCCGCCCCAGGCCUGGCAGACUCAUCGCACGCCCGACGGCCGACUCUACUUCUACAAUACCAUUACGAAAGUGACACAAUGGACGAAGCCCGAGGACCUCAUGACUCCUGCGGAGCGCGCCCUAGCGAAUCAACCUUGGAAAGAGUAUACGGCUGAAGGUGGGCGCAAAUACUGGUAUAACACGGAGACGAAGCAGAGCUCCUGGGAAAUACCAGAUGCCUAUAGACAGGCUCUUGGAAUCAGCAGCGAGUCUACGCCGACACCUGGAACCCCCCACCCUGGUCCAGGUGGCCAUGAUUAUUCGCGCGAUUAUCGAGACCAUGGUAGAGAAUCUCGCCAGUUGUCCUAUGGCCAUGACUCACAAUCGCAGGCUUUUUUUGUCCCCGCUAGCACCGACCCCGAAUAUGCGACCCCCGAGGAGGCAGAGGCUGCCUUCAUCAAGAUGCUUCGACGUUGCGGCGUCCAGCCCGAUUGGACCUGGGAACAGACCGUUCGCGUUACCGUCAAAGACCCCCAACACCGCGCGAUAAAGGACCCGAGAGAGAGAAAGGAUGUCUUCGAGAAGUUCUGCCGAGACAUGAUAACCCAGGACAAGGAACGUGCAAAGGAAAGGCUUGCUAAGCUGCGUGCUGAUUUCGAAACUAUGCUGAAGCGCCAUCCCGAGAUCAAGUAUUAUACCCGCUGGAAGACGGCGCGGCCUAUGAUCGAAGGCGAGACCCUCUUCCGCUCCACCGAUAACGAGAAUGAGCGGCGCCAGCUUUUCCAAGAGUACAUCCUUGGUUUGAAGCAAGAACAUGUUGAGCGCCAGGCUGCCAUGCGCAAAGAUGCCAUGUCUGGCUUGAUCGAUCUACUCUCGAAGCUUAACCUCGAGCCGUAUACGCGAUGGUCCGACGCUCAAGGUAUCAUUUCGUCCACCCAGCCCUUCCAGAAUGAUGAGAAGUACAAGGCUCUGAGCAAGUUUGACAUCUUGACUGCGUUCCAAAACCACAUGAAGGCUCUUGAACGUGCCUUCAAUGACUCCAAGCAGGAACAGAAGAACAAGAAGUAUCGGAGAGAACGCCAAAACCGCGAUGCCUUCAACGCGCUGCUCUCUGAGCUUCGUCGUGCCGGCAAGAUUAAUGCUGGAACCAAGUGGCGCCAGAUUCACCCUCUGCUUGAGAAUGACGAACGGUACAUUGCGAUGGCCGGUCAAUCGGGCUCUACUCCCCAGGAGCUCUUUUGGGAUGUCGUUGAAGAAGAGGAGCGUGGUCUCCGAGGUACUAGGAACGAAGUCUUAGACGUGCUUGAUGACAAGCGGUUUGAAGUUUCCCAGAAGACUACGUUUGACGAAUUUCUGUCAGUUGUUAAGGAUGACCGACGUACUGCUAACAUUGAACCCGACCUUCUACGUCUUAUCUUCGAAAGGAUUCAGGAAAAGUCCUCGAAGCGGUCUGACGAUGAUCGCCAUGCAGAACGGCAACAGCGACGAGCGGCUGAGAACUUGAGAUCCUAUAUGAAGCAUCUAGACCCACCUCUCACAGUUCAGGAUACUUACGAGAAAGCUCGUUCACGGCUUGCCCGAAGUGAUGACUUCCAAGCCAUCACGUCUGAGGAUGCCCGGCGAGCCGUCUUCGACAAGUUCAUCCGACGGUUGCGGGAGAGAGAGGAAGAUGCUGAACGGGAUCGCCAUCGGCGCCGAGACCGUGGCUCGAUUGACCGAGAAGUGUACCGAGAGAGGGAUAGAUCUCGAGGCGAUAGGUCUCACCGAGGCAGCGGAAGGGGUUCCCGACGAAGUCGCUCCCCAGAAGCUGACGCUUAUGAAGCGGACCGCCGCAAGGCAAUUGCAGAGCGUGAAAGGAAUCAUCGUAAGGCAACCCUUGCUGAAAGCGUGUUGGCGUCCGAGAGGCGGGCAUCCCCUGGCCUGCGUCGUGACCGCGACCGUGACCGAGAACGAGAUAAGGAUAGGGAUCGAGAGCGCGAGCGAGACAGAGACCGGGAUCGCGACCGUGAACGUGAACGUGAACGCGACCGAGAUCGCGAUCGAGAUCGUGACCGGGAGCGGGAGCGGGAGCGUGAUAGAGACCGCGAACGAGACCGAGACCGAGAUCGGGACCGUGAGCGGGAUCAUGACCGACAUGGCCGAUCUCGCCGGGACGACGACUCGUACUAUGACCGUGACCGCAAGAGUCGCGAUGAAGAGCGCGAGAGAGUGUACCGACGCCGAACAGAGCGGGGUGGUUCGUACGACGAACUUCCGUAUGGAGACGAGCGCCCGUCAACCCGCCGCCGCCGUGCCGAUGAAGACGAGGAGCGUCGAGAUUCCAAGCGCCUAAGAAGAGAAAAGUCACCUCGUGAGCGUACCCCGACACGUGAAGGCCAACCCCCCAAAGUAACUCCCCCAUCCCAACCGCCACCCAAGGAUGAGGCUGGUGUUCACUCGGGCAGCGAAGAGGGAGAGAUUGAGGAGGACUAG